UUUUACAGUGGAGGAAGUGAAGUGUGAGAUUUUCCAAAGGACACCUGAAGGCACUCCGACAUUCGGAGAGUUCACUUCCUAACAGCCUGACGCUCCGAGUCUGGGUGAAAAGCGACCGAUUUAAAACAGAAUUCCCUCCGAGCUCCGUCGAACCCUCAUCAUGGCGUCCACGUCCGUUACCACUGUGGGCGGAGUCGUGAUCGUGACGCAGGUCAUCCCCAAAGAUGACUUCUCCGUUCCUCUCGAGACUCCUGCCGACCCAGCGGUCCAGGCCGCGCAGCCCGUCGUAAAGACCCCGCUGGGCCCCUCCAAGGAGGACGCUAAGGAGAGCGUCUUCCUGCGGGGGGAACCGCUGGGCCUCGGGGUGGUUCAGAUCUUCAUCGGCACGCUGUGCGCUCUCGUCAGUCUGUUGGUUUUGUUCUCCGGGGCUCUGGUGAUCUUCACUCCGUUUGCCCUCUGCAUUUUGUUCGUGCUGUCCGGCUCUCUGGCUCUGGCAGCAGGAAGACGCACUUCAGUUGCACUGGUCUGGGCGUCUCUGGUGUCCAACGGGUUCAGCGUGCUGCUCGGUCUGGCGGGUGUGAGCUACACCUGCCUCCUGCUGGCUACCGGACCCCCCACACGGGUCGUCUGCAACUUCCAGACCUCCAAUGUCGACUUUGAAACCUGGAACAUCACCAGCAGAACGGUGGACGAAUGGAAACAGAGAUGCCCCGGCGAAAUGUGGAGCCUGGACGAGCUUCUUUACGGACUCCAGGGCGUCCUCCUGGUCCUGCUCGUCCUGCAGGUUUGCGUCUCCGUCGCCGUGUGUGUUCUCUCUGGAAAAGUCAUCCGAAGCACCAGGAGUUACUCCCCUAUGGUGCAGGGCGAGAGCGAGACCGGCAGCGAGACCAAACUCCGAAUAUAAACCGGCGGAGGAGAAAACCGCCGACAUCAUUUCAGAUACUAGCACCACUCUGCUAACAUUACCUGUCUUCAUCUUUUGUAAUUUUUUUCUUUUUGUACGUUCACUAUUUUACUAGCUCGGUUUUACACCAGAAACUUGAUCCACUUUUCUCUUUGAGUUGGGAAGUAAAGCCGCUUUGGCUCUGAUUUAAGGAUUUGUUCUAGUAAAACAUUCAGGUAAGUUAAUUUUGAGCCGACUCGAUCCUGUCCUGCUAUAAAAUCAGAUAACGAAUGGUUCCAGGAACUCUGGAGCUCCAACCCACUUCAGGAACUGUCCCACAGGUUCUGUUCAGUGGAGGAAAAGUAGUAAAUGCUAUAAAAACCAAAAAUUCAAUUCUCCCCACUUCUAUAUUUCUAAUGUUCAUGAACAAAAAUGUGAUUUUAAAUUAGAUUAUAUUGCAUGUUAGAUAUGGAAGCUGUUUUCUGGGGGUUUAUCUGUAUUUCAUGACAUGUACAUGCAAGAUCUUUUUCUUUCCAAUAUAAUUUCUGAAUAAAGGUGUUGAAGCAAA